CGCGAUGGUUGUCACUUGUUUUGAACGCAUAAUGUGUAAUAAUAUUUUGGGAAAAUAAAUACUGAUUGUUAUGUAGUAGUAUCUAUCUGGAAUUAUUUUAUCCUCCGCGAUAUUUUGCAUCUUGUCAGGAUUUGAUAUAUACAGGAUAAUAAAUUAAAUUCCGAAUACAGUAAACAAUUUAUUUGCGUUCGUCUUUGGUUAGGGGUAUUAAAAUUGAUAACAAAUGACGAAAAUCCACGACGAUUCUUCGGUUAAAAUUUAGAUAAAGACUAGUUAAUUCUUCUCUUAUAAAAUACAUUGCAAAAUAGUAAAACCCUAAAAAAUACCAAAUUAUAUGCGUGCAAUGCGUCAAAGGGGAGGAUGCUGCUUAUUAAUAGGAGGACUCAGCGCCGUGCUGCUAUGUACCGUUUACGGACGAGAUAAUCCAAAGAAUGGAGGUGGAGGGUUUAAAACGCGUGGAGACGAAAAAUCACAGUCAAGCGUAAUUAGCCAACAUAAUUCUCAUACACAUAUCAGCAGCAAGCAAUUUGGCAGAAAUAGCAAUUUUGGUCACGUCAAAUAUUACAGAAAAAAUCAGACUCUCCAGGGAAUUGCAAUAGUAUGAACCAACAAGAUUCAAAUUGCUCCGAAAUGUAUUCUCAGAUUGAGUGUAUUCAGUGUGAUCUUGAUGAGAAGUGUAGAUAUGGAGAGAACAUUACUAUCUCCUGCAAAGUUAAAAAUGGAGUCGAGUGUAAAGGGAGUAAGGAGUUUAAAAGGCACAUGAUAUGCCAGUACUGUUACCAAACUCCCAUGUGGCAACAAAUUUGCAAUUCCAUGAAGGGCUGUAACUCCGUUGGACCUCCACCAAAUUCCUUCCCGGCUAAUUGUACUGUCAGUCCAGAAGUUAUUUGCCUUGGGAGUCGUUGGUUUAGCCGAAAUAUGCCAUGCAAGUGGAAGAAUGGGUACCGCUGGUCCACUACUUUCGUCUUGAGUGUUACGCUGGGUGGGUUUGGAGCCGAUAGAUUCUAUCUUGGACGUUGGCAGGAGGGAAUAGGAAAGCUUUUCAGUUUCGGAGGGCUGGGAGUUUGGACAAUUAUCGACAUUAUUCUGAUUGGUGUUCGCUACUUGGGACCCGCAGAUGGAAGUUUAUAUGUUGACUGAUUAGUUAGUGUAGUGUUAUAAGUUUGUAAGGUUAAAAAGCUACGCAUUUAUUUAUAAAGUACAUAGAUAAAUGCUGUAUUUAUUAUGAUAGUCAUUUCAGUCUCAUUUAUAGUAAACAACCCCUCAGUACUUUCAUUGUUAGUAAGCUCGUAAAAAUUCUUUCUGCGUUUAUUUACUGCCUUUAAUUAAGUCAAUCUGCUGGUUUAAACGGCAACCGCCCUCCUGUAAUUUUAUGAAAUGCUCUUAACACUUCAAAGUACUUUGAAAAUUCAUUUAUAUAAAUACCGUCACAUUGUUGUUCACAUUGA